AUGCCGUCAGACAUCAGAAGUUUCUUUGGCGGAGGCGGCGGAGGGGUGAAGCCUGCACCGAAAUCCACCACCUCAAAGAAGGAAGCUCCGGCGCCCAAAGCUGCGGCCAAGCGCGGGCGUCCACGGAAUGUCGUCUCUUCUGACGAUGACGAUGACGAUGAAGUGGUUGAAACCAAACCCAAAGCUCCCGCAACCCCCAAGACAAAGAAAGCUACCAAAGAAGUCAAAGAGGAAGACACAACAAGUUCUGCUUACUUCGCUUCUUCCAAGCCAAGUGCUUCAAAGUCAACUCCAAUUCGAUCUAAAAACACAUCCAUGACAAAUGGAACAGGGAAAUCUACACCUAAGCAGACGAAUGGCGGCACGCCGUCAACUGGCCGUCGCUCUGCCAGGAAGACUGCAACAAGGAAUUACGCGGAGGACCUUGAUGAUAGGCCGAGCAAGCUGGCAGACGAUGAAGAAGGAGGUGACGAUAUUUUCAAUGACUUGAAGAGCCGCAAAGUCGACGAUGAUUAUGAUGAAGGCUCAGAUGAUGAUGAUUUAAUGCCAAAGUCGCGCCAUACAAAAGGAGUGAAUGGAUAUUCCAAGAAGCCCCAACAUGAUGAAGAUGAGUCUGAUCUUGAUAUGGCGGAAAUCCCAUCUUACGAUGGACCCGGUGACCGCAAGCAGACGCGUGCUUCGACCACAUCAACAACAUCUCGAAAGCGGAAGUCUCAAGAUUUUGAAGAUGAUGAGGAUGACUUUUUAGACGAUGACGACGAUGCACCAAAGAAGAAGACUAAGAAGGCCGUGCCCACAACUCGCAAACCUCGUGCUAAGAAGGAGGAGAGGGAAGAAAGUAAAGAAAUACAGGAUAUCUUGGACAAUAUCCCCACUGUCCGGGCACCGACUCCUCCCCCACGAGACGACGAGACCAAGAAGUUCAAAUUUGGUGGAGUAAAUAAUGCAACUGCCGCUCCUCCUGCACAAGGCUCUGCAGAAAUUCCUGUUGGCGAAGAAAAUUGUCUUGCUGGAUUGACUUUUGUCUUCACAGGCGUCUUGACAACCAUCGGUCGAGAAGAAGGCCAGAGCCUCGUGAAACAAUAUGGAGGCAAAGUCACAACCGGGCCCUCAAAGAAGACCAGCUAUGUGGUCAUAGGUAGUGAUGCGGGCCCUAAGAAGCUUGAGACCAUUCAGAAACUUGGUAUAAAAACCAUCAAUGAAGAAGGACUCUUUGCGCUGAUUAAGCGUCUUCCCGCAAAUGGAGGUGAUGGGAAAGCCGGUGAAGCUUAUGCUGAAAAGCAAGCCAAAGAAGAAGCCAAGAUUCGUCAAGAAGCACAAGAAAUGGAAGAGCGGGAGCAGAAACGACAGAAGGAAGCCGCAAAAGCUGCUGAGAAAGCUGCGUUAGCACGACCUGGUGGAGCUCCCGUAGCGACCAAGCCGAAAUCCAAGGUCGACGAUCGGCUAUGGGUGGACAAGUACGCCCCAGACUCGAUGAAUAGUGUUUGUGGAAACAAGAGCACUGUUGAGGGCCUUCAAGCCUGGCUUCGAGCGUGGCCAAAUAACUUGAAGUCCGGGUUCAAGAAAGCCGGUGCGAGUGGAAAGGGUAUAUUUCGUGCUGCUUUGCUUCACGGACCUCCUGGCAUUGGCAAGACCACUGCAGCUCAUUUGGUCGCAAAGCUAGAGGGAUAUGAUAUUGUCGAAAGUAACGCUAGCGAGACUCGAAACAAGAAACUGUUGGAAACCGGUCUCAAAGGUGUACUUGAUACCACUUCACUUCUCGGAUAUUUCUCUGGGGAUGGCAAGAAGGUCGACGCCAAGAAGAAAAAGCUCGUCUUGAUAAUGGAUGAAGUCGACGGUAUGUCUGCAGGUGACCGAGGUGGUGUUGGUGCCAUGGCUGCGGUCGCGAAGAAGACAAACAUACCAAUCAUCAUGAUCUGCAACGAACGCCGCUUGCCCAAGAUGAAACCUUUUGAUGGCUGUACGGCUGAAUUUGCUUUCCGACGACCAACUACUGAUAUGAUACGUGGUCGUAUUGCAACCAUCUGUUUCCGUGAAGGAAUAAAAUUGCCCACUCAGAUUUUGAAUGCAUUGAUCGAAGGGGGCAAUGGAGAUAUUCGCCAGAUUAUCAACAUGAUUUCGACUGUCAAACUUGAUAAGAAAGAUCUGGAUUUCAACGACUCAAAGGCAAUGUCAAAAGCCUGGGAGAAGCAUGUCAUCCUCAAGCCAUGGGAUAUUGUCAGCAAGAUUCUGCGUCCACAAAUGUUCUCGGCAAGCUCAACUGCCACCUUGAACGACAAAACCGAAUUGUACUUCAAUGAUCACGAAUUCAGUUAUCUGAUGCUUCAAGAAAAUUAUCUCAAAACCCAACCCACUCUAGCUAGUACCUAUAAUGGGAGAGAGCGAAGCAUGAAGCUCCUGGAGCUCUGUGAUAAGGCUGCCUCAAGCAUCAGCGACGGCGAUCUGGUUGAUAGGAUGAUCCAUGGCUCGCAACAACAAUGGGGUCUCAUGCCUACCCAUGCCAUCUUCAGUUUUGUUCGUCCAGCUAGUUAUAUGCAUGGAAAUUUCAAUGUCCAGGUCGGCUUCGCGAGCUGGCUCGGCCAAAAUAGCAAGCAAGGUAAGCUUUCCCGCAUGGUCAAGGAGAUUCAAGGACAUAUGCGGCUGCGCACCUCGGCAGACCGGCAUGAAGUCCGCCAGCAGUAUCUCCCAGCAAUCUGGAAUAAGACGGUGAAUCUGCUAGACAAGGAAGGCAAAGAAGCUGCUCAAGAUGUCAUUGAUUUUAUGGACUCCUACUAUUUGACCAAAGACGAUUAUGACGCGGUUCUGGAAUUGGGAGUAGGCCCGAUGGAUCAAGCAAAGGUCAAACUCGACACUGCAACAAAAUCCACGUUUACCAGAUUGUACAACCAGCAGAGUCACCCAAUGCCUUUCGUCAAAGCUACUACCUCUUUGAGUACGGCCAAGGGUGGAGGAAAGAAAGACAAACCUGAUCUGGAAGAGGCCGUGGACGAAUCCGAAGCCGAAGAAAUCAUCGACGACGCUAAUGACGAUGAAGACGAUGAGAUUGAUCUGAAGAAAGACAAGUACAUCAAAGCUCCAAAGAAGAAAGCUGCUGCCGCGAAGGGCAAAGCCCCAACCAAGCGCAAGAAGGACGCCGAUGAUGAAGACGAUGAGGAGGAGUCGACUGCAAGUGUGCCAAAGAAGAAGAAAACCGCUGCUGCAACAGCUCGCGGUGGAAGAAAGGGCAAAGGACGAGCUUAG